CACAAGAGCAAAACAGGAGUUGCGACAUGCAUCCCCACGGGUCCCCACCACGAACGACGUGGGAGCGGUCGACUCCACAGCCAGAAACCAUCGUGACAUCGUUUCGAGGCCUGUGCCUCUACAAGACAGGCAAGUGCACGAACGAGCGCGCACUGAAAACCAACGGACAAGCACACAACCUGUGCAACAUGCACCGCAUCAAGCAAAACCACAACCAGCGCAAGAUGGACUCGAAAGCCCGUUGCCAGAGAGGCCACUAUCGGCCACGAACGCUGUCCCCGACGCGACAGGACGCGACCCUGUCGCCGACCCAAACGCCGCCGCACCAUCGGUUCGUGCAUGGCGUAGGAGCCCCCUCCCCUUCGUGGCAUCCACAGCACCAUCACCACGCAAGAUUUGGCCACAAUCCUGACUCGCCAGGGCACGUCGACUCGACCGUGUACUCGGACGACGACGACAAAAUCACAAUCCCGACGCCGGCGUUCCUCAAAGGCGAAGCAAGGGAGGCUUUUCGAUCGCGUGUCCUUCAAAAGUUGCUCGUCAUUAUUUCCGAGGAAGUGGGGAGCUUGUCGGCCCCACCGCCACCCCCAUCUCCCCGUGCGCGUCCACCGUCGUCAUUCACUGCUUACUCUCACCCCCACGAUACUCCCCACCCGACGCCCUUUUGUCCACACCAGCGGCCGCCACCCCUCCCAGCGCUUCCGCACGAGUCUAUCCACGAGCACCCGCAUCACAACUAUUCUUAUGACGUCGUCCAGCACGAGUGUGACGACCACGGCGCGCCCUUCGACCGGCGACCGGUGCUCCCGCCUCUGUCUGCCUUCCAUGCGCCUCUUCCGGCCGAGUACUUUCGCGCCAAGAGCAUUUAGUCUUGUAGACGGGACCCGCACAGCUAGCCACGUCACGGUUUGAGAAAAUGCAUCAUCCUUGAC